AUGGUCAGUAGAGGUAGAACAGACGAAGUGUCUACAGAUGUCUCAGAGACUAAUUCUGAGCGCUCUUUGAUGAUUACGGAAACAUCAUCACCGUUCAGAUCUAUAUUCUCUCGCACUGGGAAGGUAACGAAUACAGGUACCCUAGAGGAAUCAGACAAGCAAAUAUUGGAAUGGGCAGGUAAAUUGGAACUGGAGAGUAUGGAACUGAGGGAAAACUCUGAUAAGCUAAUUAAAGUUUUAAAUGAAAAUUCCAAGACAUUAUGUAAAUCGCUAAACAAGUUUAACCAGUUGUUGGAACAAGAUGCUGCUAGAAACGGUUCUUUAGGAAACGUGAAAACCUUAAUAAAGGACUUGACUUCCCAAAUCGAAAGCCAGUUGGACAAAGUGUUGACAUCGACGUUAUCCAAAAGCGAGGAGAAAACAAAGCCUGAUUCCAGCUACAGACACGUAUUAGUCGAAGAAAUAAGCAGAUAUAAUUCCAAGAUAACGCGACAUGUCACUAACAAGCAGCAUGAGACAGAAAAGUCGAUGAGGUGCACUCAGGAGAUGCUCUUCAACGUCGGCAGCCAACUGGAGGACGUACAGAAUGUGCUCAUGUCUCUAUCCAAAGACAUGCACGUGUUACAAACCCGCCAGAGUGCCCUGGAGAUGGCAUUUCGAGAAAAGGCAGAUCAUGCCUACGAUCGGCCGGAUGCUUCUUUGAAUGGCACCACUCUCCUGCACGAUACAGACGACGCCCAUAAUAAGCAACGUAAGAAGUCCGUGCCGCCGCCAAGAAUGAUGGUCACAAGGUCCAUGAAACGGAGAAGGUCCAGCUCCCCAACCUUAUCCACCAGCCAAAACCACAAUAGCGACGAUGAUGAUAAUGCCAGCCAUCGGCUGAAGCGUGCGGCCAGAACCAUUAUUCCCUGGGAGGAACUAAGACCCGACACUCUGGAAUCUGAGCUGUAA